GGAGUACUCGAAUGUUGUUUAGACACAGGCAGGUCGUCGUUAUUUGUUUUAUUCGGGCACCAAAACCAAAUAUCGAUCUGACGGAGAUUUUUAAUUCCAUCUGCGCGUGUAGCUGCUUUACACAUCCUGUUAAAAGAAGCUGAAGUGAGCAUGCACAUCUCGGCAUAAAGGGCAUCCGUGGCUCCACCACGCCCCUUGAGGCCCCUUAAUUUGUACACCGGUAUCAAAUCACUUGGUGGAGUUCGUAAACGGCUGUCCUUCGAGUCCAAUACUGCAUUUUAGAAAGACACCACGCUGUGGAGCUGGAGACAAUGGAAGAAGUGACUGUUAUCCUAGUGUAUUUGGGGAUUAUGGCGUUUGCCAACAAAUUGGAGGCAGUGACGAGCGAUUUGGACCUGAUUCUCGAGAGUGGACAUCUUAUAAUUGAUACUGAUGACGCAACAAUGAUGUACUUCAACGAAGUCGAUGAAGGAACCGCCACGAGUACCAUUCUGUACAAUGAAACGGUGGUUUCGUACCUCGCCAUGACCGAUAACUCGACAACACCACAGGCCGACACUUCCACUUCAACUUUCUCCCACUGGAAUGUCAGUUUGACCAAGGUGAAGACAGAUGCGGACGAAACCACCCCGAAAGUGAAUGAAGAGUUAACAUCUGCUGACGGUUUGUCGACAUUAAGCGAAAACAUUACUUCGGUCAAGGCAACUCCCAGUAGUACGUCAAGCAACCAGUCUAUCGAAACAUCGACUCCUGAUGUGGAAACUCCUGGGAGUACUUCAGGCAACACAAACCAAUCCGCCGAAACUUCAACUUCUGAUCAUAAGCCGAUCUUUGGUAAUAGUACUGAUGUACCCAUCAACUCAUCAGAAGUUUACACAAGCCUUUCGCGACUCAGCAACGCAAGCUCGACACCGUUACUGUCGGAUACUUACAAGUUGUUAUUCCAAGGGACUUUGAAGAAUGUAACUUACAAAGAUACUGGAAGCGGCGAGGAAUGGAAUUACUCUAUCGCGAUUUUCUCUACGCAAGGGUCCAUUGAACUCAAAGGAAACUUGACAAUUUCGGUGAUUGGAGGAAAUGCUCUCCGUUUUCAGAGCAAAGAGGGAAAUAUCCUGAUAGGAUCCGACAUCAACUUAAACGGACGCGAAGGAAUUAGCAUGCUUGUCGGAGGCUUUCAAGGUCUCCCGAGUCCUGGAGGGGGUGCGGAUGACAGCUCAGUGCCGGGUGGGGCCGGGCAUGGAGGGCACGGUGGGGGCAGCUUUCGGGAGAGCCAAACCCAGCCAUGCAGUUGGGGUCGAGUUGACCAAUCACCGUCAGAUGCGACGUCGAUUCAAUCCUCCACUUCUUUAGAGACUGAGGGGACGACUCACAAGCAAACAGCGAACACGCCCUUGGAGGCAAACUACACGACAGCUUGGAAUGACACCCUCGCAACAGCCAAUGGCGAUAACAUGACUGGGACUACGAGGACGGAAAUGACGGGGUCGCUAAUAAGUCAAACCGACACGUCCAGUCCGUCCGGGGUAACCGUAAGCCACCUUUUGAAUGAUUCAACACUAGACUGGAAAACUGUCAGCAAAACUCUGCAUCUGAACACCACGGAACUUUUUCCGGGCAUAACCGAUGUUUCCAUCACGACUAACCUCACAGAGAAGCUGAACAGCACCCUUCCAAAUGAUGACAGCGACACGACCUUAGAAUCAACCGUCAUGUUGACAGAUCCGAUUAACUCUACCUCAACAGAUCUUGCCGCAACAACUACAGAUACACCAACAGGGGGCGAUGAAAUCUUGUACCGCUGUACGUACGGGUUCCCAUAUCUGCUAGAAAGCUAUCGUCAUUUAUUGGGUGGGAGUCCAGGAGGUAUCGCAAGCCAAGGUGUAGCGCGAAUGGGUGGUGGGGGAGCUAUUGAAUUCCGGGCACGGAAAGGAAGUGUAACCAUCGAUGCGCUUGUGACCGCAAGGGGGCAGUCUGUGUCAAAACCAGAACCUGGAGAUGCGCCAUGCAGGGGAGGAGGCAGCGGUGGUCUCAUCCGCGUGCGAGCAAAGGCAGUGCUCGUCACGCCACGUGGUUCCCUGGUGGUCUCUGGUGGUGACGGCAGCACCGUGGGAUGCGGAGGCGACGCGGCCGGUGGUGGUGCCGGUGGCGUCAUCCAGAUUAAGGUCAGCGAAAUGAUAGAGAGUCACCAAAGCUUCUUGCUGAGCGGAGGAUUUGGAUCUUCUUGCUCGGGCCAGGAUGGGUUUUUGUCCGUUGUCAUUGAGGGAGGUAGUGGUGGCGGUGAUGGGGGGUGUCAGUGCAAUACUGGCCCACCACCAUUUCCCCCCUUCAAUCCCAGUCCAAGUAGCAUGUCUACACCAGCUGCUGAAAUCACCCAUGCUGCAUUACUCACGAACAGCCCGACCGACAUGACAACAUUUCUUCCGAAGGACAUGACACCAGACGAGGCAGCAGAUUAUCUAAAGGAUAUUUUCACUGCGGAUGCCAACUUAACCAAUGCAACUACGUCGACCGAGGCAGCCCAAAUUAUGGGCAAUAUUGAACAAAUUGGAUUAAAGUUUGGAAGAAUACUCGCAAAGAGACGGGAGCCGGGAGAAACGAUCAACAUCACCGUCAUCUCGGAGGAACUAGCAAUGCAGCUUGAUAUCCUGGAGGCCAGCUCCUUUUCCGGACAUAUCAUUCCUGGGCCGGAUCUGAAAUCUUCAAAUGCAACGUCUCGGCCAGGGGCUAUCACGAUACAUCAGUCGGUCUUACCUACCAAGGCAACAGGAAGUGUCAUCAUUGUUGGGACAUUCUACGUGAGAAUGGAGCAGUUCUUGUCCGGUGCACUUGCUACGCCCUCGGGGUUAGAGGCAGGGUAUGAUAUAAAUAGUGUCGUGCUGAGUGCUACUCUGGAAUUGACGGACAACUCACCAAACUUCAUUGGAGGAGUUAGUAUAGCAGCUGCCAACCAUGAGAAAUCGACUGGACGAAAUACACUCUGUGCCUUUUGGAAUUUUUCCCAGCAUAAUGACUUUGGCGGUGCUUGGUCAACAUCCGGGUGUUCUGUCAAUGUGUCCAAUGGCACAUACACUGUGUGUACUUGCGACCACCUGACCAAUUUCGCCGUGCUUCUCAAGCCGACAGAUUUUAUCUUACCGCCUGGACAUGAGAGGGCGCUCGAAAUUCUCACCUAUGUUGGUCUUGGACUGUCUCUUGCCUGCCUUGUGGUGGCGCUUGUCACUUUAGCAGCCCUCCUCAGAAGUCUGAAGAACACCGAUUCAGCGGUCAUUCAUCUCAACCUCGUCAUCGCGCUGACUGUAGCCGAUUUCUUUUUCCUUGUUGGGGCGAGUGACACUGGUAAUAAGGUUUGGUGUAAGACGGUGGCUGGCAUACUCCAUUACACGUACACCGUGACAUUCAUGUGGAUGCUGAUGGAGGGCAUUUACCUCUACAUCCGGGUCGUGCAUAUCCUUCAUCAGCCCUCCAGAACUACUCUGAAAUACUUUUUCCUUGCUGCUUGGGGGUUACCGAUAGUGAUCGUUUCGGCAACGGUCCUAGCAAGACCAGAGAGCUACGGAUCCGACCAGGCCUGCUGGCUUGAUACUGCGAAUGGCGCCAUUUGGGCCUUUGCAGGACCAGUGCUUGUUAUCAUCGGGGUAAAUAUUGUCUUCUUGGCUGUGGUGAUGGUUCGGUUUGUUUCAGUCAAGAGUAUUGCCAAGCAAUCAAAGUGGAAACAAACCAGAAAGACUACUAGAGCUGCUGUGAUUCUCCUGCCGUUGCUUGGCAUCUCUUGGCUGUUUGGCUUGUUGUCUGUUGACAAAAACACCCUGAUCUUCAUGUAUCUUUUCGUCAUAUUCAACUCUCUCCAGGGGGUUUUCAUAUUUGUAUUCCACUGUCUGACGAAUGAUGACGUCAUUUCAACUAUUCGCAUCAAGCUCAGGAAGUCUCGCAGCCGUUUUGACUUUCAUCACUCCUGGCCGAAUGGAAUUAAAACUGCAUUCACACGAAGUCCAGUGAAGAAAAAGAAGAAAAAUUCAGUUCACCCGUCUACACAAACAAGCAUAACUCUCUUGGAUCGGUCAUCAUUCCCAAGCAAUGUGGGCCAUUGGACUGAUGUAAAACAGCGUGCCUUCUAACGGAAAACUAUCGCAUCUACUUUGUCUUUAUGAUAUAUUAAAUAUAUCGUUAAACUCGUGCAAGAAUAAUUUGUCGCUUGAAUGUUUGCUUUGUAUGAGAUAGAAAGCAUUACCGACUGGUAGGGCCUAUUAUUUUAGAUUCGUGCAAGUAGCAGAUUAUUUUUUAAAGAAUGAGAACAUUUUUCUCGGAAUCUUCUAAUGUUCUAUACAUCAUUAUUUCGCUUUUACACUCUAUUUAAAAAUUCAACAUUAGCAUUGUUUUCUUAGCACAAAAAAUCAUGAAAAAAUUUCCUUCAGGAGAGUCUGUGUACUUUUCUUUUGAUGUUAUAUCUUUUACUUGAUUAGUAAUAAUCAGCGGAUAAUGAGAAACGUUGGAAUGUUUUAUAUGCAGUGGUUUAGACACAUGAAGAAUGUGUACAUGAACGCCGGAAUGGUAAUUACGCAAUCCAUUUCAUAGAAAUGAAUAAGUUUCCUGAUCGAGUGAUAGCUCCAUCAAAAGAUGUACCAUUUUAAAAGUAAUAUAGUGUGUAUGUUUCAAAAGUUGGUUAUGUGUUUCAUGAUAAAUUGUUUACAGUUGCCAGCAGAGAAGCAUCGUUCAUUGUAUGGGUUUCAGUUAGUGAAACCAGAAUCAUACAUUAUCAACUGCGUGGGUUCGUGAAGCUUUACUCAAAGCGUGUAGGCCUACUGUCUGUUUUAAGCUGAAAACACUGACUGAGGAAGAAUAGACGAAGUUCAGGGUGUAAUUGUUGUGAUAACGAAACGUUUGGAAAUCGAAAAAGCUACAAAAGACCUGACAAUUUUAGAGAGAUUCUGGUAGGAUCGAAACGUUAGGCCCUUUAAUGUUUUUCAACUCAUUGUUUUAGCACCCUAUAGCCAGCAAGUAGUAUGCAGUAGUUUCAUAAGACAGCCUGAACCUGCGGCAAAGUGCAAAUGUUUGCGCAAAAAACGCCUUUAAUUAAUGAGGUGAUACCAAAGGUUUACAGAACUUGUAAAUUAGUCCUAGUGUGUAGAAUCCGUCCCACCAUUCCCCUCCAAUGCACAUAUAUAAUCUGUGUGUUUUAGCAAAUGUUAUUCUUCUGAUUCUGAUGUUGUCGGUGGUUUAAUGCACUUUAAGUGGAACAAGACUUUUAUCUGCAUAAAAUAAUUAGAAUUUAUAGCGUCUAACUUUACUGUUUAUUUAUAUAUUUAAUUUAGUGUUACUUCAUUACUUACUUCAAUUCACUUAAGUGCCUAUGCACAAUGUUUUCCCGCCUAUUCAAACGUGGGAUGACGCGUCCAUCAAUUGUAGUCAUAAACCCAAGAUUGAUUUAGCGGAACUUGAUCGGAACAGUACGCGAAUUUGUAUCCCGGUAGAAGUCUUUCCCGCCCUAGGCACGGUUGGCAAAGCUCGCGCUCCUUGCGUGUACUUUGGCUUGAACUUUGAACCCCGUCAUGAUUCAAUGAUUAUAAUAAAGCAGUGAGCCUUGGAGUCAAGAGGGACGCUGAUAAGGUGCCCUGGGAAAAAUUUGUGAUCAAAAAAAAGGGAAGGUGAAGAAACGAAAACAAAACAAAACUGGAAAGAAGAAGACAUGACUGUUUUCAUGAAAAUGCCUGUUUCAUGAAAAAUUGACCUCCCUGCCCUAAUGGUAUGUUAGUCUGCUACUCAUCAGUGCUUUUCCCUCCCUAACCCCAAACAGAAAUCUUCUUAAGAAAAUAAUAGACGUGAAUCCAUGCUUACCAAUGAUGUCUUCUUUCACUUUUCAUAUCUGACCAGGAUAAAAAAUGACUUUUUAAGUCGUAGUUCACAAAAGACUUUUAUACACCUCGUAAUGUCCUGUCCCUUGUCCAUGUCAUAAAGAUUAAAUUGAAUGUUUAUGUCACUGGAAUGUCUGUUUGAAAUGUCUCUUGUGUAUGUGUGCAUCACGUAUUACACCUGAAGCGAACAUGCAGUGGUCCGUAUCAAUAACAUAUGUUUACACCCCUUGAGCAGAAUCAUGCUGAAUAAAAUAGUACCUACCUUCCCACUUUUCGCAAAUGUACGAAAGCCCAAUCGUGCCACUGAAAGAAAAAUAAAAUCAGUGGUCAACUAAUUCGUAAUAACGAAUUACUAAUUCGCUAUUACUAUCUACUAAUCCGUCAUUACGAAUCCGUUGGUACGAAUUACGUAUUCGUGGUGUUAGUAAUCCGUAAUAACAAAUUAGUAAUCCGUAAUUGCGGAUUGUUGAUUUGUAACAACAGAUUGAUAAUUGGUAAUAACGGAUUAAUUUCCAAAGAUUUUUUUUCUUUUGUGUGGCACGAUUUGGCUUUCGUACAAAUGGCACUGUCUUCUUCGCAUCUUCCUCGAAAUAUCAUGUAAUUUAUUUUUUGUAAAGCCGGAUUAUACUUCGGCGGUAUAAAAUCUGGUGAUAACUUUAUUGUG